AUGUCUGCCGUCGCCCCCGUCAACCCCAAACCCUUCCUCCAAGAUCUUACCGGCAAGGUUGUGUAUGUCCGUUUAAAGUGGGGCUUGGAGUACAGGGGAUAUCUCGUGUCUACGGAUGGGUACAUGAACCUCCAGCUCGCAAACACUGAGGAGAUUGAGAAUGGCAAGUCAAAUGGUGCUUUGGGAGAAGUGUUCAUUCGCUGUAACAACGUCCUCUACAUAAGUAUUUACUGA